UAGAAUCUAUAUUCUGUGGAGCAAAACCCAGCUGACUCAACAAACAAACGAGAAAAGAAAACACUGCACACUGGAGAAGUACAGUAAUCAUAAUUUUUAAUUUAUUAGUGCUUAUUUAUACUUGAUAAGCAAGGAAGGAAAUCAAAUGUAAAUUCAAACAACAUUAACCUAAAUUACUCCAGAAUGGCUUACAUCCUUCCGGACGACAAGGGACGGAUUAAUCCAAUAGAAAUAAAGGAGGAGAGGGAAGAAUUUCAAAGAAACGAGAUUGUCGACUUGCCAGGCUUACUCAAAGAGCUGAAAUUCUUAGAGGAUACCUUUCUCAAGACAGAAAUUAAACUGGGGACGAUUACGGAUAAGUGGCAAAGCUAUUUUGAAGACGAUAUUUCAUGCAACUUCAAUUUAAUUAAGGAUUGGAUGCAAUCAAUUAAAUCGUGUUUGGACGAAAUCACACAAAAAUACCGUGACGACUUUGCAGCCCCACCCGAAUACUUUCAUAAUCUUGAACUCCCCUUAAAGCUUGAGUUAAGAACGGGAGAGGAUGACAGCGACGGAGGAGUGGAUAACAGCAGAGAAGAAGAUGACCGCAAACCCAGAAAGCCGCAUAAGCAAGAAUUGCCAACGUGGCAUGACACGAAUUCUGGUGAUGAACAAUCGCCCCCUGCAGAUUCCGACGCAGAACAAAAUACAAAUUAUACCCCUCCUCCUCACGAUAUUUAUCAACACUUUGCCAUAAACCCUGCAUCUUCGAAAAGGUAUAAAGUUCCCCUAAAUCCAGAAACUUUCGCCCUGGAAAAACCAAAAAGAAAACGAAGAAAUGAAUUUGAUCCUCCACCCCCACCCACAUCUGAGUGCCCCAUUUGUCACAAGGUCCUUGCACGUGGCGGAUUAACCUCUCACAUUAAACGAUGUCAUGAACCGCACGACUUAAAAUUUUCCUGUCCCCAGUGUCCAUCCCAUUUCCAUACGAACGGUCAGCUCAAAUCACAUAUGGUGACGCACUCGGACACCAAAUCGUUUGUCUGCCAAACUUGCGGUUGGGCGUUUCAUCAAUACUCGAAUAUGUUGCAACACAUGAAGCGACACUCGGAGGAGAGGCCGCUCAAAUGCGACAUGUGUGACGCGACCUUCAAGUACAGCCAAGCCUUGAGGUUGCACAUCGAGGCGAAACAUUCCACCAACUCGAACCAGUGCCCCCAAUGUGGAAAAAUGUUCACAACGGGGAUGAAGUUGAAACGACAUGAGCAACAGGUCCAUCAAUCUGUGCGGAAACAUUCUUGUCUCAAGUGUGAUAAGGUUUUUAAGAGGGUGGAACAUUUAAGGUAUCACGAGAAAACGCAUGAUAAUCCAAACACGAAAAAUAGGGGGUUAAAUAAAGCCAAAGAGUAAUAAUUAGUAAAUAUGUAUGUAGUGAUUAAUACCCGGUUUUUGGAAAAUUUCUAGUCUGUUGGAAUUUUUAUUGAUAUUGCAAAAUAUUGAUUUAUUUUAGAAUUGUCGUUGUAGGCAAAUUUCCAAAUUGCUAAUGAAUACUAGCAUAAAAUUAAUUGUAAAGUAUAAUAUUAUAUUUGAAAUGUGGUCAAUUCUGUUAGUUUAAAUUUAUAUAAUGCUCUUCGCCAAAGAAAUUUUAAAUGUCAUUAAUGUUGGAAACUUUUAUAUGUUUAAGGUGAAUUA